AGUUUUUCGUCAAGUUGUUUGACAUUUACAAAAAAACGGAAAACAUUUCACUCUAUUCCACUCCCAAAUUCAAUCGAGCAGCAAAGACAUCCAGUUCACAAUUUAAUGUUCACAUCAGCCGAUAAUGGCUUACAACGGAAAACCAUCGUCGUCGACUGUAGUCAAACAAGGGGCCAACUUAAAUCACGAAACUCUGAUCAAAACAGAGAGGUUAAGUUCGUUUAAGUUGCCACGAGAUCUGACCCUCGGAGGCAGCUUAAACUCCGUCCGAAUACCGAAACCGACUGCUACCCCGAAGCGAGUGUACGCACCGAACGUAAAUGUUGUGCGAAACAGAAAUGCCGAAGUGAAAACGUCCAGAGACACAACGAUUCGCGGUCGAGGACGAGGUAGAGGUGAUCGAGGUAAAGCCGAUCGAGGUGGACGUGGCGGUCGAGGCGGUGGGAAAAAUUCGUUGGUACAGACAUCGGGAUUGUUUUCGGAAGGAACCGGUGAAACUCAUCUGAGGAAAUCGUCUGCAGUGUACGGUAGGGGCGAGAAAAAUGACAGCGUUAGCUCGUUACGCCGGCCGACUAUCGUCAAACGUGACAUUAAAGUCGAUCCCGAAGAAGAGCAGAAAAGUUUGAAUGAAAUUCUGGGCGAUUUCGAUGAAGACUGUGAUGAUGUUCCUAUGGUUAGUGAUUACUACACACCGGUGGCAUUAGAUGAAAUUAAAAAGGAAUUGCCGACCGUCAAAGUGGAAAACGAUAAUAAGCAUUCAGCGUUAGCAUAUCCCGAAAAUUUGAACGAAUUUUUCGGUCGACCACAACCACAGUUGUUCAUAUUGCAAUUACCAGAUUCACUGCCAGGCGAAGGACCCGACGAAGAACCUGCCGAUUCAGCGGAUCAAGAACGUAGUUCAUCACCAGACCCGUCGUCUCGGUACUGUACGGUGAAGCAAAUGAACGAAGGUCUGAUAGGAAAAAUAGUUAGGUACAAAUCGGGCAAAUCCAAGCUGAUUAUUGGGCAGACUCGUUUUGACAUAGACUUAGGAAUGGAUCCGGGCUUAUUACAGGAAGCCAUGUCGGUGACAACCAAUCGAACUGAACGUAGCGGUAAUUUAAUUAAUUUAGGACAAAUCAAAGCUAAACUAAAUGCCAUUCCCGAUUGGGAAUACAUGCUGGCGGACAAAUCGUAGCACAAACUGUGUUCCUUGUGUGAGAGGAAUGGAACGGCGACAGACGUUUUCAAAACAUUUUUGUUGUUUCUUUUUAAGCAAUUUUUUGUAUAAUAAAAGCAAAAACUUUAUCGA